AUGAAUGAGAAACGACCAGGUACUGCUUUGCAAAGGGUUUUUGGAAAAUUUGCUUCGUUCUCAGGAUUUGGCACCAGCAAUGCUUCACAGCUGCCCAAUGAAAAUGCAGUAACAGAUGAAAAUUCAGCAAAGUUGGCAAGGUCUUCUUCGCAUAAGAUUCACCAUAGAAUCAACAAGAUAAUUAAAAUGAACAGCAAGACCAAGAAAUUAGAACAAGAACUACUAAGUGAUAUAAGUCUUUGGGUAGACACAAUACCGAAUCAAGAAUGCUCACAAAUUAUUAAAGACUUUAACCUGUUAUUCUCAACCCAAACACAUACAAAUCUCCAGUUAAAUGAGAAAUUGGAUAAAAUCAAAUUGAGUUUAUCGUUUGUCAAUGAACGUGAAAAGAAACAAAAGGAACUUCUCAUUGCCAAAUUCAAGUUAGAAAAACAAUUGAAAGACAGCAAGACAAAGUUUGGUCCAAAAGCAUCCUCUACAAUUCUCAUAAACGAAAAGCUAGAAGAAGUAGAGUGCAGCUUGCAAGUGGUGGAACAGCAGUUUGUUAGAUCUAUCUCCAAUGAUCUCAGAGAGAGCUUAAUUGACUAUAUAUACACGUUGAACUCCACAUCUCGAAAGAUGUGCGAGGUUAGUGAAGAUUUUAUAGAAUGUUUGAACGGACUAGAACAAGGCAAUAUAGUCAAUGGCAUUAGUAACAUUCUUGGUGAUAAUGAAAUAGCCAGGGUGUCUCCUACAAAAUACUCAAAAAUGGCAGCAGCAGCAGCAAAUAAACGGAAAUACACUAAUCCAUACACAGAUGCUGAUCCGAUAAAACUAAGAAAUUAUGAUUUACCAACACCCCAAUCAAUGUGUGCUGAGUGCAAAAAAUUGACACCAUGUAUUCAUACUGAUGGUUCUAGUCAGACCCAACAUCGUCUGCAGCAGAAUCAGCAACAGCAGCAUCAGCAACAACAACAGCAACAGCAGCAACAACAACAACAUCAACAACAUCAUCAACAUCAACAACAACAACAACAGCCGCAACAGCAACAGCAGCAUAAUUCAAACUCUACACAGCCAUUGCGCCCACAUGCACCUCAGCCUCAGCAAGUAACAAUGUCCAGACUGCUACCACAUGAACAACAGGACACAACUCGCAAACAAUCAAUGGCUAGAGAAUACCAUCAAAAUACUGAGGAAAAUCCUUAUGGCGAAGAAAUAUAUCGCCUGGAACAAUUUAGAGAAGUAUCGCUCUUCAGUGACCAUUGGAAUUAA